CGUGGGCCCUGAGAGCAGCGGUCGGCGACCGGCGGCGGGAGAUCGAGGACGAGGGGAGCGUGACACUCGCUGGUGGGGGAGAUCGGCGCUCGGCCGGCUGCCGGAUGAGUCAUCAGGGAACUACAGAGGAGGAGGCCCCAAGCUCAGCUGCCUCAGCCUCGGCUUCUCUGGGACAAGGGAGCCUGGAGUGCUCCUGGAAGGAGGAUCAGGAGCCUACCUAGCCACCAAGGGUGAGCGUGAGCCUGGGAGAUGGCAGUGAUGGAAAUGGCCUGCCCAGGUGCCCCCGGCUCCGCGGUCGGGCAGCAGAAGGAGUUCGCCAAAGCCAAGGAGAAGACACAGGCAACGGAGACGAAGCAGAGCUCCGUCCACAAGCUCGAGGCUGUGGAGAAGAGCCCCAUGUUCUGCGGGAAGUGGGAGAUCCUGAACGACGUGAUUACCAAAGGCACAGCCAAGGAAGGCUCCGAGGGCGGGCCAGCUGCCAUCUCCAUCAUCGCCCAGGCCGAAUGUGAGAAUAGCCAAGAGUUCAGCCCCACCUUCUCAGAACGGAUCUUCAUCGCUGGCUCGAAACAGUACAGCCAGUCCGAGAGUCUUGAUCAAAUCCCCAACAAUGUGGCCCACUCGACCGAGGGCAAAAUGGCCCGCGUGUGUUGGAAGGGGAAGCGUCGCAGCAAAGCCCGGAGGAAACGCAAGAAGAAGAGCUCCAAGUCCCUGGCUCAGGCAGGAGUGGCCCUGGCCAGACCCCUCCCCAGAACCCCUGAGCAGGAGAGCUGCACGGUCCCGGUGCAGGAGGAUGAGUCUCCGCUAGGCACCCCGUAUGUUAGAAACACCCCCCAGUUCUCCAAGCCUCUGAAGGAGCCAGGCCUUGGCCAUCUCUGGUUUAAGAGACUCGGGGAGGGCCUGCGGCCAGCACUGCCUCGACCGGAACUCCACAAACUGAUCAGCCCCCUGCAGUGCCUAAACCACGUGUGGAAACUCCACCACCCCCAGGACGUAGGCCCCCUGCCCCAGCCCGCUCACCCCUUCCCCUACAGCAGACGGCCCCACCCCUUCCCGUUCCACCCUCUCCAGCCCUGGAAACCUCACCCCUUAGAGUCCUUCUUCCUAGGCAAACUGGCAAACUGUGUAGACAGCCAGCAGCCCCUGCCCGGCCCUCCCCUGGGCAGACUGGCCUGUGUAGACGGCCAGAAGCCCCUGCCUGGCCCACAUGUGAAGCCCAGCUGCCCGUCUCAUGGCUCGAGUGACAAGCUGUCCAUGGAGGAGUACCUCGUGCACGCUCUGCAAGGCAGCGUGAGCUCCGGCCAGGCCCGCAGCCUGGCCAGCCUGGCCAAGACCUGGUUGGUGGGGGGCUCCAAGCCUCGGGAGCCCAGCCCUGAAACCGAGGACAGUGAGGGGGUCCUGCUUAUUGAGAAACUCAAGCCGGUGGAUUAUGAGUACCGAGAGGACAUCCACUGGGCCACGCGCCAGCCCUGCCUGGGCAGAGGCUCCUUCGGAGAGGUCCACAGGAUGGAGGACAAGCAAACCGGCUUCCAGUGUGCCGUCAAAAAGGUGCGAGUUGAAGUGUUUCGGGCUGAGGAAUUGAUGGCAUGUGCGGGAUUGACCUCACCCAGAAUCGUCCCUUUGUAUGGAGCUGUGAAGGAAGGUCCUUGGGUCAACAUCUUCAUGGAGCUUCUAGAAGGUGGCUCGCUGGGCCAGCUCAUAAAGCAGAGGGGCUGCCUGCCGGAGGACCGGGCCCUUUAUUACCUGGGCCAGGCUCUGGAAGGGCUGGAAUACCUCCAUACCCGAAGGAUUCUACAUGGAGAUGUAAAAGCCGACAAUGUGCUCCUGUCCAGCGAUGGGAGCCACGCAGCCCUCUGCGACUUUGGCCAUGCUGUGUGCCUUCAACCCGAUGGCCUGGGGAAGUCUUUGCUCACAGGGGACUACAUCCCCGGUACAGAGACCCACAUGGCGCCAGAGGUGGUGAUGGGCAAGCCCUGUGACGCCAAGGCGGACGUCUGGAGCAGCUGCUGCAUGAUGCUGCACAUGCUCAAUGGCUGCCACCCUUGGACCCAGUACUUCCGAGGGCCGCUGUGCCUCAAGAUUGCCAGCGAGCCUCCGCCUGUGAGGGAGAUCCCGCCCUCCUGUGCCCCCCUCACAGCCCAGGCCAUCCAGGAAGGGCUCAGGAAAGAGCCUGUCCACCGAGCGUCUGCAGCAGAGCUGGGGGGGAAGGUCAGCCUGGCGCUGCAGCAUGUGGGAGGUCUGAGGAGCCCUUGGAGGGGAGAGUACAAAGAACCAAGACAUCCGCCGCCACUCCAAGCCCACCCACCGCCAAGCCAAGGGCACCCUCACCAGACCCUACGUGCCCCACCAGUGGAGCUGUCGCCAGGGGAGCUCUCACCAGAGGACCCGGGGCCCCAGCCAGCUGAGGACGCAGCAGGCGGGGCCCCUAAGCUCCAGCCUCCUCCACCCCCAGAGCCCCCAGAGCAGAACAAGUCUCCCAGCCUGCACUGGGGCAAAGAAGAGUCCGGGACGUGGGAACCACUGGCUCUGUCCUCCCUGGAUCCGGCCCCAGCCAAGAACUCCAGCUCACCAGAGCGGAAGGCAACCUUCCCUGAGCAAGAGCUGCAACAGCUGGAAAUAGAAUUAUUUCUGAACAGCCUGUCGCAGCCAUUUUCUUUGGAGGAACAGGAGCAAAUCCUGUCAUGCCUCAGCGUCGACAGCCUCUCCCUGUCAGAUGACAGUGAGAAGAACCCGUCCAAGGCCUCUCAGAGCUCGCGGGACACCCUGAGUUCCGGCGUGCACUCGUGGGGCAGCCAGGCGGAGGCCCGCAGCUCCAGCUGGAACAUGAUGCUGGCCCGGGGGCGGCCCACCGACACGCCGAGCUAUUUCAACGGUGUGAAAGUCCAAAUACAGUCUCUCAAUGGCGAACACCUGCACAUCCGGGAAUUCCAGCGGGUCAAGGUGGGAGACAUCGCAACCGGCAUCAGCAGCCAGAUCCCAGCCUCAGCCUUCAGCUUGGUGACCAAGGACGGGCAGCCCGUGCGCUACGACAUGGAGGUGCCAGACUCGGGCAUCGACCUGCAGUGCACCCUGGCCCCUGAUGGCAGCUUCGCCUGGAGCUGGAGGGUCAAGCAUGGCCAGCUGGAGAACAGGCCCUAACCAGCCUUCCACCACUGGCUCCACUCGGCCAGAAGCGACCUUCCUUCUCGGUGCUCAGCGCUGCCCCUGAGACACAGGCUCAGCCUGCCUGCUCCCAGGGGUCUGCCAGCUUGUGGCUCAGCGGUGGGACCAGGGGCUGGCAGCAGUAAGGUGGGGCUAGCAGAACACCUCCCAGGAUCUCCCACCUGUGUCCUUCCUGAGCCCACAUGAGGAGGAGGAGGAGGAAGACAGGAGGCCUCUUCCCAUGGGGAACAAAGAGGGUCUUCUCUGCCUUGGUCCUGACAAGCUGGCCUGACCUAUUAGGAUCAGUGACCACUUGCUGGCAGUCAGGGGAGAGUGGCUUCCGGCCCAGGUCCCAGAGAGGUGGGCGAGCCCCUCCCUCGGGUUCCAGGCAGGUAUGAGCAUCUAAUGACCUACCCCCAGGCCCAGUACAGGACUGGGGCAGCAGGUGUGCCUACCCUUGGGUUAAUGGAGGGGGCCCUCUGACGCCCUUGGCCGGCCUUGCCUGGCCAUCAGCCCCCCUUCUAUCUCUAGGUGUUUUUCAGACCAGGUCAGGGAGGGAGGAAUGCCUGACACUGGGGGUCUCCCUGGGAGAAAACACCACACUUCUCAGGGAGCCGCAACCCAGGCCCUGAGCUGAGCUCAGCUUCAGCCAAGGACCAGAGAAGGCGUUCAAGUGACAUGGUUCUCAGUCCCUAAGCACAUGCCCCUUUGCUGCUGGCCACGAGUCUUCCCCAGAGCAACAGGCCCCGAGCCCCAGCCGCAGGCCCAGCACCGCCCCUGCCCAGCUGGCACUCAGCUCCCUCAUCUGUAGUAGUGAAGGGUGACAUGAGACCUACCUGACGGGAACCAUCUGAGGACAGAGCACAAUAGACUCGAGAGAAGGCAGCAGACGCAGGUGCUACUGUUACCCAGGCCACAGCUCUCAACAGCCUCACAUGAGCUUCCCGAGACACUCACUGGUCCUGCUGCCCCUGGUCUCGGGGGCACUGCCAGCUGCACUUUGCACUCUGAUGACCUCAAGCACUUUCAUGGCUGCCCUCCAGGAGGGCAGGCCAGCGGUUCUGCAUGAGCACAAGCAGGCCAGGAGAUGGGGUGAAGGGACUCAGCUCUUGACCCUUCUCCAUGCGUGUGACCCCUCAAACCUCCUUCAGGUUUCUUUAAGGUGAGCACCCCCUACCAUCACCCCAACCCAGCCUCUUCUUUCCGGGGGAGCUGAUUAGCACUCAUGUAGCAUUAAUCAACUGUGAAUUGUUGUGGGGUGAGGGGAUGUCCCCUGAGAUUCCAUCUGGGGAGAAGCUCAUCCCCACGUUUUGCCAAGGUGGCCUCUGCCCAGCUCUCCACAUUGAGCCAUGCUGCUCCCCAGGGAGAGACCCCCGGCCCCCCCGUGCAUGAAGAACUGCAGCCUUGGUCCUGCAGAGUUGAGACGGUAGAGAACUCCUCGUGGGCAAUAAAGUUUGAGGUAAUAAGUGUG